GUUCGCUAUAUAUUGGAGCUUCCAUGUGAGGAGCUGUAGAAGAGGUGUCACCUACCGUCAAUCACGCAACUGAUCUGCGACAAGGAAUCUUGUGAUAUCAAGCUAUUUUCUCAAGGACUCCCGCACACGUUGAACUCAAACUUGUCAUUGAGUCUGAGAAGCAGUCAAAGAUUCGGCCUGUUAUUAGGAUUUCUAUCAUCCCGGUUUUGUUGUAAAAACUCAGUUUCCAGACAGCCGUCAUCUUGGAGAGUAGAGCCACGGUCUCACUUGAUCUUCCUCAUUCCAUUCACUUUGGAUAUUAUCCUCGAUCUUGGUGGGUGAUCAGCGAUUGAGCAAGAUGCUGCCGGAGCACACCCCUCAUCAUCCAGCUGCUACUGGAGCAGAUAUGCUACCUGACGAUCGACAAACUUUGCUACAACAUAUCAGUGAUAAUGUAAUUGGUGGAGAAUCGACGUUUACAGGACCGUUUGGAGAAAAACGAGUGGUAUACUGCGACUACACUGCAUCUGGAAAACCACUGAGAUUCAUUGAGAACUUUCUUGCUGAUAAUGUCUAUCCAUUCUACGCAAAUACCCACACCACUACUACCAUCACAUCUAAACAGACAACAAGAUUCAGGCACGAAUCAAGAGAAAUCAUCAAGCAGUGUACGAAUUGUGGUGAAGAUGACGCUCUUAUCUUCACAGGCAGCGGAUCGACUGGUGCCAUUCAUAAACUCAUCAAUGUCAUGGAAAUGCAUGGAGAACGAGCAAGAAAUACAGUAGUACUUGUUGGACCUUUUGAACAUCAUUCCAAUAUCUUGCCGUGGAAAGAAAUAGGAGCGCAGGUCGUGAGAGUUCAGCAGACAAGCGAAGGACUAGUCGAUCUGGAAGACAUCGAGACUAAAUUAAAAAUAUUCACACAGACUCACCAGCUUGUAUUAGGAUGUUUUUCAGCUGCUUCCAAUGUUACUGGCAUCAUCACCGAUACCAAUGCCGUAUCUGCUUUACUUCAUCGGUAUAAUGCCCUCUCAUUCUGGGACUAUGCCACAGCAGCACCUUAUCUGGAUAUAGACAUGAAUCCGGUCGGUUAUGAAAAAGGAGUUGAUUGUUCCAAAGAUGCUGUAUUCGUUUCCACGCACAAGUUUGUUGGUGGAGUUGGCACCCCAGGUAUUCUGAUCGCGAAGAAGAAGUUGUUUGUUAACACUGUACCUCAUGCACUGGGAGGAGGCACUGUCCAUUAUGUGUCAAGGAAGAUGCAUCAUUAUCUUAAAGACAUAGAAGCAAGAGAAGAGGGUGGUACACCAGCCAUUGUUGAAUCAAUUCGGGCCGGUCUAGCUUUUCAAGUCAAACAGGCCGUCGGACCUGACUUUAUUGAAGAGAGGGAAGAAGAGUUGGCACGGCGAGCCUUCACAAGGUGGCAGCACAAUGAGAACCUGAUUGUCCUUGGCAGCCGAGAGGUGGCGCGCUUGCCAAUCUUCUCAUUUCUGAUUCGGCAUCCACAGACUGGCAAGCUCCUCCAUCAUAACUUCAUCGCUGUACUCUUGAACGAUCUAUUUGGUAUCCAGGCACGAGGGGGAUGCGCUUGUGCUGGACCAUACGCUCAUGACUUGCUUGGAAUCACAGAGGAAAAUGCCUUGAAGUUUUUCGAGCUGAUUCGCGAAGACAGAAAGAACAAAUGCAAUGAAGAGCCAUUGGAAAGUGUCAGACCCGGAUUUGUGAGAAUAAACUUGCCUUACUUUGCUCCUGAUGACGUCAUUGAUUACGUGUUGACAGCCGUUGACCUCGUAGCGACACACGGAUGGAAAAUGCUUCCCCAAUAUCACCUUGAUGUAAAAACGGGUUCGUGGACUCAUCGCCAAUGGAAAGACACGGAGAGUGGUCCUGGUUACCAGAGUCUCUUCAACAUCAGUUAUCAACAGGGAUCUUUUAAGUUUCAGGGAGUCAAAGAAACCUCUCCAGUUUCCCAUCAGAAAAUGUCAUUCAUGGCCUAUCUUGAGCAUGCCAUGGAAGAAUUCGAAAAGGCAGAAAGUGGUCACUUGGCUUAUGAAUCCUUAAAUGAUGAAGAAGUCACCCUUGCUGAUUACCAACAGUUUUUGUGGUUCUUACAACCCUGUGAGGCUGCCAGCUCUCUCAUGGCUCUCUGCUGGACCGAUCAGGAAACCAUGGUAGAAGAUCACCAAGUCACCAACCUUGACGUACCUUCAGAUGACAUCCUGGUAGACAGUAUCGACGCCAUAUAUUGGCGGGAUAAUGGUUCCAGCAUUCAUUCUUAUUCUGAUGAGGUAGCCACUGUACCCACAUCUAUGAAGCCAUUGAGGUCACCACCACCCAUCGCACCAGUGACGUAUGGAUGGGUUCCAUCUUCGCCGUACUAUGAUGACACUGCUGUUGUACCCGAUGACGAUUCCCUGAUGACACCCUCUUUCCAGGACAAUUAUCACCUCUAUGGUAGUGACAUCGCUUCCGGUGCUACCUACAACAACUGGCUGAAACCCCAUAAAGCCUAUGACAUCGGCUAUGUGAAGGGUAUCGACGACCAUGGGGUGACGGGGUCGUCAAAGGACUAUGAUUACCGUCGUGUCCAUAGUCAUGAAAGUGGGUACAGCACUGAUGACGAUGUUUAUUGAGCGGCUUGGUGGCUCCGAGGCUCUGACUGUCCUGGCAAUCGUAUUUGUGGCAAGUUUCCAGGUACAUGCUUAGACCUCAGCCGAAGCUUUGCUCAUUUUUUCUCUUUUGCAUUAGCUACAUUUGCUGAUAUGCUUUGCAGAUUUGCUUUACAAGCGCCUGACGAAAAAAAGCUCAUUGGAGUUAUAAAACCAAUUACUUUGUUUACAAAUAAUUGGUUACAUGUCCUUUCAGGAUAGGGCAUUUUGAAACCAUCGCAUUUUGUUACAAAUUACUGUAUUGCACAGUGUGUAUCUUACGCAUUUGCAUGUUGCGUUGUGUUGUUUAUUACUUUGCUUUAGAGGGAAAAUAGAAAAUAGAACGUGCUUGUAGUGUAUGUUGAUAUGUGCUUAUGAAGUUCUGGAGUUCAAAUACGCUGUGACAUUAGUAGCAUUUUCUUCUUACAUAAAAUUGAUAUGAAAGAAUGCCUCGUUUCUAAACACAUACUAUAUUGUUACUAUUUUCUGCAAUUCCCUCUCUAGUGGCUAAAACUUCCAUCAAGCCCUAGCUAGAGAAAAGCAUUGUGAAAUAAAAGGAAUAAAUGUCUUUAUGACAGCCCUAAUAUCGGAGAUUCAGGGUUACUACUGCCCUGAUUGUUACGCUUUUAUCGUAAAUAAUGGACCUGGAUAUUCUAAAAUUUAUCAGGGUUAUAUGAGGAUGAAAUAACAAUAUUCUUUGUGAUAAACUCUAUUAAAUUCAUUCAAUGUUUAUCUUAAUCAAAUUUGGAAAUGUUUGUCAUGAAAAUACGUGUUACAUGGGUCUUUGUUUGUGAAAAAAGCUAACCACUUAAGAGUGUCACAAAUAAUAUUUAUCUUCCGUACUCGGGAAUAUGCGGUCCGUCGUUUAACAAGCUUACGUGAUUAUUUAUCUUUCAAAUAUUAUUUUAAUUUUUUAAUUGGCAUAAUAUUCGUGCUUGUGGAAACUAAUAUUAUUUCAUCACUUUUUAUGUACAAUUUCUGGUUUUCUUUCUUCGUUGCUGGGAACGUGAUUUGUUUUAUCUUUAUUAUAACGAGUAGUCUGAAAUUACAUGUAAGGCAUGAGAUGACUUGAAAUGUAUUGAUUUAUUUCCAAAUAUGGACAGUACUGUUAUUCGUUAAUGCUCAGUUAUAAUUCUAUAUAAUUCUGGGUAUGAUAUUGUAUGCGAUUGUACAUGUAUAUGUUAAAUAGUUGGUGAAAUAAUCGUAUUUGUUAAUAUUUUUAUGUAUAUUAGUACUUGUAUUAAGAUGGAAUUCAUUGAUGUAAAUAGCAAAAAGUAGAGAGAUGAAAGUGAGGGUCAAUGUAAAUAAAUUUGUACUUUAUGUAUACAAUUCAACUGUAAAAAUACUGUACUAUGUGUAUAUAGAUUUGGACUAUCAUAAACGUGAUAUAAUAUCAAGAAAAAACCUUAAACACACCCUAUCUUAAAUCGAUAUAAGGAAAGUGAGAUACUUUAUAGUAAUAUAAUGUCUCGGUGAAGGUGUGUAAUGAUAUAUAUUUUGCAAAAUAUAGCUGAAGUUGCCUUUAUGCAGUGCCUUAUCGUUUCAGCAAAAUUUGAUGGAUGGAAUUCAUCCUUUUCGUGAUAAAUUAUGUUGGAAAAAUUACCCAAUUUCUGCUAUUGUUCUUCUGUUUCGACAACUAGUGAUAUUUAUUCCAUAUAUUAAUGAGACUUUCACGAACUGUUCUUGUUCGAGUGAUCGAGUUGUUAUGGUUUUGCAACAAAAACAUAAAUCAGUAUUCAUCAGUGUAUCAUAUUGUAAGAAAUGUACUUCAUAUAUUUGUAAGAAAAUAUGCGUUUAGUUUAAUCUUGCGGUGUAUAACUCGGGAAAGGAUAGUCUUAUAAACGGAUCAGUAAAAUAAAAAUGAUAAUGUUCACUGGCAUGUGACAUAAUUUGUAUUGACACUUGUAACAAAACAAAUCGUCUCAUCUAAUUCAGGUACGGCAUUCCUAUGUGAUAUACCUUUCUAGAUUUUUCAUAUUGUUUCUUUAUAGACGACCAUGGUAAUAAGAGGUAAUUUCAUUUAUUAUGUGACGUAUAAUAAUGUAGUAUAUAAGAAGCUGUAUAUAGUUGUAGAAUAAUAAUUUUAUCACCUAUUUAUUACAAAACUAUGAAUAACCGAGUAAAAGUGUGAUUUCUAAAGGAAAGUCUGACUAGAAAGUCGCCGUAUACAUUCUUAACCAUUCGCUAUUUGUCACGUGACAGAAGAAUAACGGUACAAUGGGAAUAUUGUAAAUGAUAUCUGUAAAACAGGGAUGAUUAUCCCACGGAUAUCGAUUAUGCUCUUUGAGAAAAAAAAUAUACACAAGCAAAGUAAGACACGUAAUCCUUCUCCAUCCCCUUUUAACUAAUCCAAGUUAAUGUCCUUUCGUUAACAAAUUGAUCCAACUAGAUCAAAGAAAAAGACAGUUAUUCUGUCUCUAGCAAAAUAUCAGACCAGCGAGGUGACAAAUAUGUACAGGAUUUGCACAACUUUAGAAGAAAUACAGAAUUGGUCUCUUGUACUUUUUAUGUAUCGUGUGUAUAUAAAAGGAAUUGUGAUAGCUCUGUCCAAAUAAUGUUUUCUGUUGUGUUAUUGAAAAAGAAAGUAUUUUCCAACAUGUUAGAUCGUAUAAAAGAAAGGUGUUAUCUUUGUCUUUCUGUCUACGGUGUAACGAUUCUUCCUGCAUUCGUUUAACACGAUGAUCAUUGUGACUUACAGUCUUCUUUUUAGGCUCAAUUAUACAAUAAAAAUGAAAAAGAGGUUGAAAAAAUA